AUGAACGACCAGGCCGUCCACCCCCGAGUCGCUUCCUCGGCGUCUCUGCACGCCAACUCCGCCACCAACAGCGAUAAUGAAGGGGGCGAGAAACCAGUUAGGGAGAAGCUGAAGGCUACCACGAUCGAUGGCCAGCCGGAGGACACAGGAAGUCCUGAGUACGAUAUGGGAGACGCCGAGGACGAUGCACCACCAGCAGGAGAGAAGAAGACGGGAACAGACGACGCUCACUCUGGAUCCGACAGCGAUAGAGGGAGAUUACGGCGCAAGAGAAGUUUUGAUGAUAUCGAUGGAGAUCAAGGGCCCGACAAGACGCCCGAGAAACCAGAGAGGCACACCCGCAAAAAGUCACGAGACAUCAAGACUGGCGAGAUGGAGCAGUACCGGAAGUCGUCUGGAGAAAGCUCCGUGUCUAAGAUCGACGAGCAGGAUGGAGACGAACCUAUGAAGUCUACCGAGUCACGUCCCACCACCCCGUCGGAUACUGCCAGCAAGGUCGAAAGCAUGAUCAGCCCCAAGAACAAGCGCAGCCGGGAAGAAUACCAGGAUUCCGAAAAGGGCGUCCCCGAACCAGAGAAGCUGUCUUCCAGCGUUGUUCAAACUGGAGAGUCUAAGACUGAUGUCGCUGAGGAGCGUCAGUCGAAGCGUCAUCGCGACAGCAACAGCCCAAGGUCGUCCACAGAAGAUGAGAAGCCAAAGCAAGUUAAGAUUCCUCUAGGAAGUGGUUUCGCGAACUUCUCCACAACUUCUCCCUUUGCUUCGAUUGGCGGCAAGACCCAGUCUGGGUUUGGCUCUUUCGGCGCCAAGGACGGCGAAAACGCUACGCCUGAGGGUUCCAAGUCUCCGGCCUCUGCGUCUGCAUUCCAGAAGUCUGGUCUUUCCUCGUUCGCAUCCGCAAGCUCUCCAUUUGCUUCCCUCAGCAACACUGGUUCAGCGUCUCCUUUCGGUGCCGCCGCAACUGCUAUUAAGCCUAGCAUUGGCUUUGGCACUCCGGCCAAAUCACCCACAUCGUCAGAAAGCGGCUUCGCCGCCCUUGCUUCGUCCGGGAAGUCGGUAUUUGGUGGCGAUACACCUUCUGCGUUCGGUGGAGGACUGGGGGGCGGCUUCAGUGGCGGCUUCGGUGGUGGUUUCGGAGGAUUUUCGAAGCCCAUCGGGUCGAGCUUCGCUGCUCCAGGGACAUCGGGAAUCACGGGGCUUAGCGACAAACCUGCUAAACCCUUUGGUGCCCAAGAAGAUGAAGACGAAGAUUCAGAGUCAGGAGACGAUGACGAUCAGGAGGACGCCGACUCCAAGCCUUAUCACAUGGAGGAGGGAGGGAGAGACAAGCGAUUCUUUGCUCAAGAAGUUUCGACUGGCGAGGAGAAUGAGGAGACCAUUUUCUCUAGUCGUGCCAAAAUCUUCGGUUUUUCCUCGACUGGCGAAGGCAAAGAGCGUGGCUGGAAGGAGCGAGGUCAGGGCGACCUCAAGCUCAACGUCUUGAAAGAAGGACUGUCUUCUGACGACAGUGAUGACGGCCCAAAGAAGCGACCCAGACUCGUCAUGCGCGCGGACGGUUCGAAACGCUUGAUUCUCAACUGGCUUCUCAAGAAAGACCUUAAGCUCGGCACAGGUACGGGCGAAAAGCCAACUGAUGGACGGGUACUUCUUUUUGCUCAGUUUGUCGGAUCCGAGAAGUUAGAAAGUAUCACCCUUAAGAUCAAACCUGAGAAGGCGCAAGAACUCUGGCAUCUUGUCACGGACCUUCAGAACGACAUGUAG